CCCAUCAACAGUUAUCGUCAGUCGCUGCACUAAGACUGAUGUAAAACGAAUCGCAAGAGAUAUGUCCAACAUAAGCGGUGAGGGAAUUUACGUAAUACUAAGCCGUCCACCGAAUCAACAAUGUUAUCGUCAACAGAUCAAACGUCCGGAGACUCCGGAGGAAAACAACAACAAGAAGAUGGUGGAAGCUGGUUUGCAGACAAGCCACUGUAAAUCUAUUGCGAUUAUAGGUUCCACAAUCGCCAGUGUUAUUAUAUGUGUCAUAAUAAUCGGUAUAGUCAUUGCUGUGGCAAUUGGAGAACAUGGGAAACCUGGAAUAGUGCGUCCAACAAAAACACCGCCCACCACCAUAACAGUAACGCCGAGUCUCUCUACCGGCACAACAAGUGGCAGCAACAACAAAUCUCCCACCACCAGCAACAAUGGCAACAACGCCCCAACCACCACCACUGCAGCCUCCGCUACUGAGAAUAUUGCAUCUUCUGCACCGUGUCCUUGUGAACAAAUAUGUGAGCAAUCUGACAAUGGUUAUAGUUGUUCGUGUAAUGAUGGUUUUGUCCUUAAUGAUGAUGAGAUUGGCUGUACAGUAUGCACAUGUGAUCAAGUGUGCGUGGGAGUUCUUUCCAGCUACACGUGUGAUUGUAACGACGGGUUCGCCUUAGCCAAUGAUGGAACAACGUGUGAAGCGUGUCCGUGUGAACAAGUUUGUGAGAAAGACGGUGGAGGUGCGUGGGUAUGUUCAUGCCGCGAUGGAUAUGAAAUGGACGCAGGGGACAGUUGUCAAGACAUCGACGAAUGUAUCACAAAUAAUGGUGGUUGUGAACAAGAUUGCACCAACACUCUCGGAUCGUUCGUAUGUUCCUGCCCGGAAAUCGGCAAGGUUCUUCAAGAUGAUGGAUUGUCAUGUGCAUACGACUACGACGAAGUUCUUCGACUUUCGUUGCUGUUUUACGAAGCUCAGCGUUCCGGUGUGCUACCGGCAGACAAUCGCGUUCCGUGGAGAGGCGACUCGGCUACUGACGACGCCACGCCGAAUGGCGAAGAUUUAUCUGGUGGUUACUAUGAUGCUGGGGAUCAUUUAAAACUUGGUCUACCAAUGGCUUUCAGUGCCACAGUACUAGCAUGGGGUUUCAUUGAGUUCGAGGAUGCGUACGAGGCCGCGGGUCAAGUAGAUAACAUGCUGGCCUGUCUGAAAUGGUUCUCAGAUUAUUUCAUAAAAUGUCACACUCAGGAACACGAGUUCUAUGCACAGGUUGGCUUGAAAGAAGACGACCAUUUUUACUGGGGGCGUGCAGAGGAAAUGACUAUGGACAGGCCAGCAUUCAAAGUAGACGAAACAAACCCCGGGACUGAUGUUGUAUGUGCUACCGCCGCUGCCAUGGCUGCAAUUUCAAUAGUUUUCAAGGAUAUAGACCCAUCCUACGCUGCUACACUUGUUACACAUGCAGAACAGUUAUACGAGUUCGGCGACAACUUCCGAGGGUAUUACUCGAACAGCAUAGUCGAUGCGGCCGAACUUUAUAAAUCAACAAGUUACGUAGACGACCUAUGUUUUGCCGCGUGUUGGCUCCAUUACGCAACCGGUGAAAGCACGUAUCUGGACCAGGCAGUCAGCAUACUAGAAAGCCAACCAGGAAACAAACCGUAUUCGUUUGGAUGGGGUGAUGUUACUGUUGGAUACAGGUUAAUGGUGCUAAAGCUGACUGGCGAGACAAGUACUUACAAAACGUUGGUCAUUGAUAAGUUUCUCACUGGCUGGCAGCAGGGGAAUGACCUUUCGUACACUCCGAAUGGAAUGGUAUUCCGUCACUAUUGGGGUUCACUUAGAUAUUCAACUUCGACGUCAUUCAUUGCUUUGUCUCUUGCCGAAGCCGGACCGAAGCGUAAUCUAUACAGAAGUUGGGCCAAAGAACAAGUUGACAUCGCUCUAGGGGAUGCGGGACGAAGCUAUGUGGUAGGCUUUGGGACAAAUCCACCCCAAAAUCCACAUCACCGGGGAAGUUCGUGUCCAGAUCUCCCGGCAUCCUGUGGAUGGCCGGAAUAUGGUUCAACUGACCCUAAUCCGCAAAUUUUAUAUGGAGCCCUGGUUGGUGGACCUGACGAAAACGGUAACUAUAGUGAUACAAUUGAUAACUAUUUUCAAAAUGAAGUGACUCUGGAUUUCAAUGCUGGAUUUCAGUCGGCCGUUGCAGGUCUACGCCAUUUGCAAUUGAUUGGCCAAUACCCCUGACCUGCCUAAGAGAGCACUGCCUUGGUUAAGAGUUGGUUUAUUCUACAAUGGAUUAGUGUAAACUAUGUCGACAAUACGAGCAGCUGAUAUUUUUAAAGGCCCGUGGUCUCACACCGCGUCUUGUUUGAUACGUUACAUAAAGCGAUGUAUAAGUAUAAUGCGUGUAAAAUACAUUGUUUACAAGAAAUUAGAACAAGGGCAGCACGACGACCACCGACCUUUAACCUCUUUGCAUACAAUGCACACAUGGCUCAUGAUCACGAACAUAGCGUAUUAAGAAAUGUAUAUUGUAUAAAUAUUUGAAAACAGACAAAUUCAGUGUAAAAACUUUCAAAAUUGCUUAACCUUUAAAUACACACAUCGCAUUGAAUUCUUGUGUUAUAUGUCACAGAAAGGUUUGACGUCAUGCCAUGACUAUACCGUACUUCACACAGUAUAUUGAAAAUAGUAUUGCAAACAUGUUUUUUUUUUGUACAUAUGUAUCUUUUUGUCAUUUUUUUGCUUAUAUCAGCAAAUUUUAGUUCGAAUUGUAAUAUUUGUGUUUCGUUUCGUACACUCGAAUGUUAGUAUUUAAUGUAAAAAACAACAGUAAUACGAUGUUGUACAACGCUGCAUAUAACAUCCGUAUUUUGAUUUCGAUUUGUGAUAGGGCCGUUUACACACGUACUUACGUCUCACUGGCUAUGGCAGACGUUGUAUCACUAUGAUACAUCACUAAGUAUAUGGAUAUCAAUAGAUGUAUAUAUAUAUAAUAUGACUUCAGAAAAAAAAAUACAUGAUAGUACAUAUAAAUUUGGUUGAAUGCGAAUUAUAUUAAAACAAUAUAUUAGUGCAUCCACAGUGGUGAAUCGUGGAAUCAUUGCGCUUUUUUUUUGUUAUACGCCUUCUCAACUAUAAACAUGUCAAGGGUAUGUUGACACACAGAUGUGUUAUAUUUAUACUGUUUGAUACAAAGAAAUGUGUUAUAUUAUUGUUAGCCUCAUUAUUCGUCUGCGAUGCUAAGAUUUAACCAACUGUACUAAUUGUAUUACGUAAUACGUUGACGUACAUUUACAUGAGUAGUUGUUGUGCAAUUAUUGUUUUCUUUACCCGGGGCCACAGAUUUCAAUAAAAAAAGUAGCAUAUUAAAAGUUAGUUGUUAAUUUAAUAAAUAAAUUAUUCAUUUGACAUA